GAUUUCAGAAUUAGAGUUAGCUUCACAAAUUUGGUAGGUGAUAAUCACUAAAGUUGGCUCUUCAUGCUGACGUUCAACGCUCAUUUUCAGCGUCAAAACAGAUCACAUGAUCAUGUAAUCUGUUUUGAUGCUGAAAAUGAGCGUCGAGCAUCAGCAUGAAAAGCCACCUUAAAGAGUGGUAAUCGCGACGGUGAAGAGACAUAAAGAGAGAGAGAGAAAGAGAGAGUGGGCGGUUCGCGUCUCAUGUCUCAUCUACAGGUCAAUGGGCGUCUUGAUUUGACAACGAGGAUCCAGGAUGCUGAGGUUCCUGUCGCGACGGAGGGCGCGUGGUGUCAGCGGUCAGACCACUUCGUCACAGAUCAAGAAUCAGAGACUACCCAGCAACAAAAAUGUUGUCCAGUGCAGGGUGGUAUUGCUGGAUGGCACGGAUCUACCUAUAGAAUUGUCGAAAAAAGCAUUGGCUAGUGACUUAUAUGAACAAGUAUUUUAUAGCCUUGAUUUAAUUGAGAAGGAUUACUUUGGACUCCAAUACACAGACAGUAAUAAUGUCCAACACUGGCUAGAUCCAACAAAACCAAUCAAGAAGCAAGUUAAAAUUGGACCUCCGUACACACUUAGAUUAAAAGUAAAAUUCUAUUCUUCGGAGCCAAACACUCUACGUGAGGAGCUGACGCGGUACCAGUUCUUUUUGCAAUUGAAGCAAGAUGUUCUGGAAGGCAAACUUCACUGUCCUCAUCAAGUUGCGGUUCAGUUAGCUGCUCUGUCUCUUCAAUCUGAAUUAGGAGAUUAUGAUUCUGCUAUGCAUACUGCUGCGACUGUGUCAGAAUUUCGCUUUGUACCAGGCCAAACAGAACAGAUGGAAUUGGAAAUACUGGAAGAGUACAUUAAAUGUUCUGGUCUCACCCCAGCCCAAGCAGAAUCCGCAUACCUUAGCAAGGCCAAAUGGCUAGAUAUGUAUGGCGUUGACAUGCACAUUGUUCUUGGCAAAGAUGCCUGCGAGUAUUCUCUGGGCUUGACUCCGACUGGCAUCCUGGUUUUCGAAAGCACGCAAAAGAUAGGCUUGUUCUUCUGGCCGAAGAUUGGUCGUUUGGACUUCAAGAAAAAAAAGCUGACACUAGUAGUCGUAGAAGAGGACGAUGAAGGCAGAGGCGAGCAGGAGCAUACUUUUGUGUUCAGAUUGGUGAACGAGAAGGCUUGCAAGCAUCUAUGGAAGUGCGCGGUCGAGCAUCAUGCUUUCUUCCGUCUACGCGCACCGGUCAAGGGCACCAGUGGUCGCCAGAAUUUUUUCCGUAUGGGUUCGCGUUUCCGUUACAGCGGCAAAACAGAAUUUCAGACAACGCAACUGAAUCGGGCACGCCGCACCGUACAGUUCGAGCGACGACCGAGUCAGAGAUAUGCGCGACGACAAAGUCACGUUCUUCGCGAAAGGCAGCGUCAACAGCAACAGGUAGAGCAGCCACAACCAUCUCCACCUCCAGGUGAGCUGAAAUAUACAAUUUUCUAAUCGAGUCGAUCCAGUACAAAAUCUUCGAAUUCCUCGAGUGUUCAGGGCACGUCAUCGCCUUUGGUAGAUUCUUUGUUGAAGUCUCUCGCCAAAGAUCAACAACCACUGGAGGCCAGGAACCAAACGACGGUCGGCAGUAGCGAGAAAGAGUCAGAACCAAUGAAGACCAGUUUGACGGUUGAAACUAUCGCCAAUCAAGUGCAGCUAGUGCCUAAUAAUCAAGUGGGUGGAACGUCGUCGUUACCUCCUCGAACACCGAUCCCACCGGAGUCCCUAAAGUGUAACAUACUGAAGGCUACUCUUGAGCAGGGGAAAAACUCGAAUUUGGUCUCCAUCACGUCCACAGAAAGUUCUGGAGUGAUUGCAAAGAAAAAUCAACACUCAGAUGCAGCAACUAUCGUUUCUGUGGGUGGUGACAAAUUGACUCUCUCUGUGAGUGGUGCUACGACAGCAGUAAAUCCUUCUAUGGACGAUGCUGUUACUGUAACGCAUUUUUCAUUGGAUAGUUGGGGACAGAUCGAACAAAAAACUACACCGUUAAGCCCAAAAGUAUCGAAUCAGUCGCAAAAUCCUUUCAAUCCGUUCACUAAUGAUAGCAUCGACACAUCUAAUACGCCCGAAACUUCCGAGGAGGAAGCGAAACCGGAAGACGACAAGAAAAAGAACACCAAUCCGUUCAUAGACUCGAAUCCCUUCUUGGGUAUUCUCAAUCCUUUCAAAGAUUUACAACCGGUUACAACAGAGAAAAAAGUCGAGGCGGAUACAGAAAAAGUCGGAGCACGAGUUGUUAAAACUGAGGAGAUACAAACGACCACUACAACACUUACACACAAGGAUGAGAGUCAAGCGGCAUCAGACAUUAGUCCUUGGCUAGUAGCGGAUCCGUCGCAAAGUCCAGCACCUGAUCAAACACCAACUAAGCAUACAAUAAUUACGAGAAAGACGGUAAUUACCACACAGUUAUAAAAUAUUUAUUAAAUAUUAUAAGGGGAGAAAAAUAAUGUCGAUGUACAACGCGCGAGAAAGUAGCAUCAACGUACGACUAUAUAUAUUUACUUUGGUCUUCCUCGGACUGCCUAUAGCUUUCUUUUUUUACUUGCUUUACAAAGUGCGUGAUGUUAGUCAUGACAAUUACGAUAAUCGUAACAAUUAAAAAGCAUGUAAAAAAACUACAUGUUAAAAAAUAAUUAUGAAAAGAUUUUAUAAGUUGUACUUAGACAUAAAAAGCAGAGUACCAUUUUGGGAAGGCAUUGCUUAAGUCACUGUUAGAAUAUUUUUCAAUUAAUAGAAUAGUCGUUUUAUGCCGACUAAGAAUUUGCAUAAUGAGAUAAGCUUUCUGUUUAUAGCAUCAUGAACAUUUCUUAAUUGUACAAUGCAUUUAUCUUAAGCUUAUUUGUUGAUGAAACAAGUGUCCUUAUAACCUGCCAACAUGUAUUAUAAAAUACAUAUAC